AUGGGGUUGUUGGGUUCUGAGAAUGGGAAAGUUGUCGAGAAUUGGGAUGUGUGUAAAUCAAAGGAGAGUAAGAAGAAGAGGAAGAAGAAGAAUAAAGAGAAUGAGAGUGUGAUUAAAGAGGAAAAAACUGGGUGUUGGGUUAGGUUGAGAUUUUUUGGUAGCUGCAUUUCUUCAAGAUCCAAAGUUGAUACCUCGGUCAGUGGCACCGGCACCAGUACUCAUUAUGCUGAAAGCAAAUCAACUACUGAUACAAGUAGAUGCCAACCAACGGCUCCGGUAAUCUCUUCCACAACAACUAGUAAUGCAGAAAGCAAUUCAUCCACUUCUAAACUCGAAGAGGAGCUUAAAAUUGCUUCCAGGCUGCGGAAAUUCUCUUUCAACGAACUUAAGUCGGCGACAAGAAACUUCCGGCCCGAGAGUUUUCUUGGCGAAGGUGGGUUCGGUUGUGUUUUCAAGGGUUGGAUCGAAGAAAACGGAACUGCUGCAGUGAAGCCUGGUACAGGGCUUACCGUCGCUGUGAAAACCCUUAACCAUGACGGGCUUCAGGGUCAUAAAGAAUGGCUGGCUGAGGUAAAUUUUCUUGGCGAUUUAGUUCAUCAGAACCUUGUUAAACUCGUUGGUUACUGUAUUGAAGAUAAUCAAAGGUUGUUAGUGUACGAAUUCAUGCCUCGAGGAAGUUUGGAAAAUCACUUAUUUAGGAGAUCUCUGCCUCUUCCAUGGUCGAUUAGGAUGAAAAUUGCGUUAGGAGCUGCACAGGGUCUUGCUUUUCUUCACGAAGAAGCUGAACGACCAGUAAUAUAUAGGGAUUUUAAAACUUCGAAUAUACUAUUAGACGCGGACUACAAUGCCAAGCUCUCGGACUUUGGUCUCGCCAAAGAUGGUCCCGAAGGUGAUAAAACCCAUGUGUCUACUCGAGUAAUGGGAACCUAUGGUUACGCAGCACCAGAAUAUGUCAUGACAGGUCAUCUUACAUCAAAAAGUGACGUAUACAGUUUCGGAGUCGUACUACUUGAGAUGUUAACCGGAAGAAGAUCUAUGGACAAACACCGACCCAACGGUGAACAUAACCUUGUUGAAUGGGCUCGACCGCAUCUAGGAGAACGAAGAAGGUUCUACCGGUUAAUAGACCCUCGUCUUGAAGGUCAUUUUUCUGUAAAAGGAGCUCAGAAAGCUGCACAACUAGCCGCUCAUUGCCUAAGCAGAGAUCCAAAAGCGAGACCCCUAAUGAGCGAAGUCGUGGAAGCUUUAAAGCCUCUCCCGAAUCUCAAAGACAUGGCAAGCUCGUCAUACUAUUUCCAAACAAUGCAAGCCGAUCGGUUUGGAGUGAGUCCAAACUCUAGAAGUGCGCAUGUACAAGGAGCAUCACUUGCUCGGAAUGGACAACAACGAAGGAGCCUUUCGAUACCGAAUGGUACUCAUGUAUCUCCUUAUCAUCAUAAGUUUCCCCAACAAUCACCUAAACCUAAUGUCAAAGCAUAG